UUCGUUUAAUCUCAAAUGUUUAGUUACCACAGGAAUGGCGGCAAUGGAAGCUGCAGUUUCUCUCUUCCUGCCUCAUCCUUCUUCCUCCUCUAAAUCCCUCUUAUCUCCCACUUUUAUAAACCUUUUUAAACAUAAAUGUCGUUCCAAUUCUAUCCCUCUCCUUUCCCACAAUUUCUCUCUCAGUAACAUUCACCUAACAGCUAGAAAGCUUUCCUUCGAAAGAUUCUCCACUGCACAAGAAAUAAUGAUACCAGAGGAAACCCAAGAAACAACCCAGAAGAGAAAGCUUUACGUGUUCAAUUUGCCUUGGUCUCUUUCUGUUGUUGAUAUCAAAAACCUCUUUGGACAAUGUGGGACUGUAACGGAUGUGGAGAUUAUAAAGCAAAAGAACGGGAGGAGCAGGGGAUUUGCAUUUGUGACUUUGGCUUCUGGAGAGGAAGCUCAGGCUGCUAUUGAUAAAUUAGACUCUCAUGAAGUGUCAGGAAGGAUUAUUAGGGUGGAAUUUGCAAAGCGAUUGAAGCCUCCAUCGCCACCAUCACCUACAGGCACUUCCACAAGGGAGACACGGCAUAAAAUUUAUGUGUCUAAUCUUGCUUGGAAAGUGAGAUCAACUCAUUUGAGAGAAUUUUUCUCCACUAAUUUUAGCCCAGUUUCAAGUAGAGUUGUCUUUGAUAGUCCUACAGGAAGAUCUUCUGGCUAUGGGUUUGUCUCUUUUGCCACAAGAGAGGAAGCAGAGGCUGCGAUUUCUGCUUUGGAUGGGAAGGAAUUGAUGGGUAGACCACUUCGCCUCAAAUUUAGCGAUAGAAAGACUGAUGAAUCUGAAAGCGAAAAUCAAGAGGAAGAAAAUGUUGAGGACCAAUCCGAACAGUAAUAUAAGUAUCUUGUUCAUGAUUUGCAGAUUGACAAUACAAAUAUAGCAGCAGCAGAAGUUUUAAAUUAAUCCCCGGCAUAGAUGUGAAGGAAGGUGUUUCUCUUGCGACUUUUAAUUUUGCAUUCUCAUCUUUCUCUAAGUACUGUGAGAUCAUUGGACUAAAAAGUUAAUUCUUGUUCCUCUUGUUUUAUGUAACUUGCACAUACUCUGUCCAUAUAAAUAUGCCUACUUCUACUGUGUAAA